UCGAAAAAGAGGGGCCACAUCCCAAUUACCGUGGGUCAGGAAUUGUGUUAAGAGGCCUGGGACAAUACAAUAUAUGAGCACGCACACCCUGCUAGAGAUAACCAAACACCCACCAGCGAGGCAGCGAGCAGCCGUAUCUCCGGUCCACAAUCUAUCCUAUCGAUCGUCAUGGCGGUUUCCCUCCCCUCCGUCCUCCUCGCCGCCGCCUCCCUCCUCGCCGCCGCCGUGUACAUCCGCAGCUACGACACGGUUGGCACCACCACCACCACGCACCUCCACUUCUUCAUGCACGACGACUACACCGGCCCGCGCCCUACCGCCGCACGGGUCGUGUCCGGCCGCUCCCUCCUGCCAACGUCGUCCAGCGACGGCAGCGACAGCAACGACAACGCCACCGCAACUGAUCGGAGCGUGCUGACGACGUCGCCGCAGCAGUUCGGGGACGUGGUGGUGCUGAACAACGCGCUGACGGAGGGGCCGGACGGGGGCAGCGCGCGCGUCGGCACCGCGCAGGGGUUCGCCGUGCGCGUGUCGGAGGGCGGCAUCGUGUCGCACCUGACCCUGCACAUGGUCCUGGACGCCGGCGAGCACCGGGGCAGCUCCGUCACGGCGAACGGCCGGAUCGACAUGGACGCCGAGGUGCGGGAGUCGGUGGUCAUCGGCGGCGCCGGCAAGUUCCGGUUCGCGCGCGGGUACAUGCUCACCAGGAACUACGACUACGACCUCGCGCGCGGCGGCAUCGUCGAGAUCGACGUCUACGUGCAGCACUAGAGUAGCAGUUCGCCGGGGAACAUUUUAUUUCUUGCACAUGGCUAGCUCUGGUUGAUGCUAUGUGUGUGUGUGUGUGUGUUGCAUGCAUGUUGAAUAAGCUGGUAUAUGCAUGGGCCGGGUGUUUUCUGUUUUUGCUUCUUGCAUAUUUGUACGUGUACCGUAUCCGUACCUACAGCGGUUCUGUGAUCUCACUUUCGUUCACAACGAAUUGCUCAUCAA